CAGUCUUUCAUACAAUCAGGUCUUCCUUGUCUCUCUGUGAACCCUUAAUUAAUACAUUGCAAGCACAUUUUAUCUAGACUAUUUUUUGGCACAUUCAACUAAAAGUCUGCUGGGGUAAGCACACAAAACUGGGCCUUCCCUUCUCUUUUACUGAAGAAAGAAUCAUAACUUUAAAUGAAACAAGCACUGAUACUGAAUAUGCAAACCACAAGGCUAUUCUACACUGUCACACUGCAAGAAUCUGACUAUUUUGUAGAAACUGGUACAAGCUCAUCAACAGACACACUUUAGGAGAUUCAGCAGCUAUCAAAAACUGCAAAAUUCAAGUUCAAAAUUUGGGAGAGUAAAAAAAAUUCAUUCUAGGCCUUCUUUAUUGCUUUUACCUCAACAGCUCCAUCUCAUUCCUGCAAAUGCUCCAAGUCGUCCAGUCCACAUCCAAAAAGCUUCUAAAAAAUUUCUGCUUAACAUUUUUGCAAAGCUUUAAUGCCAGGUGAUGUAUUAGUGUUCAGGAUUAAGUAACUGCAUUAUUACUAGUGACAGACAUCUACAGGCCUCCAGAAAUUUCAUGGUCAAGAAAGAAUAAUAUCUAGGAUUAAUGGCAGUUUGAUCUGAAUUCUGAGAAUCUGAAUGUUAAAGACAAGGAUUUUGCCACUACUUUAGACAGGUAGCCUUUUUUCAGGGGGAAAACAGCUCCAAAAGUGUUUUACAAGAGAGCAUUCCACAUCAUGUCAUGUUUAUCUGAAAUUAUCUCAUCAAUUUAGCAGCAUGGCAUAUCUGACAGAACAAAUAUUUAAUAAGGAUGCAAUGUUUCUAAAUUCAGUAUCAGUUAAUACAUCAUCAUCCAUUGCUUGAACUUUCUAAUGCUCUUUUGUUUCAAGCACUUGCUUGGCUCAAAUUGCUCCAGACAGCAGCUUAUUAGUAUUAUUUAUCCAUUAAUGCAACUAUGAACAUCACACAAUACAUAAGUCUUUAGAGCUCAGGAUCUAAAGAUAAGUAGGAUUAAAGCAUGCCUUUUCAUGCUAUAAAAGCAAUUUGUUCCCCAGAAUUAUUUUCCAGCUGGCUUGAAAGAUUAUCAUAAAUGGAAGGAAAAGGCAAGGGUAAAAAAAAGCCAGUGUUCAGACAGUGACAUUGCAAAACUAUAUUCCUACUUCAGGGAUGUGAAAUAAUUCAUAAGAUAACACAACACAGACUGUUUUCCAUAUGUAAUAGAUUAUUCAUGCCACUGGACAGAUCCAGUUGUAACUAAUCAGUGGAAAAGCAGAAUGCAGUAGCUGCAGAGAUAAUUCCAAGAGCAGCUGUAAUUAAAAAAACACACACAUAUCAAUAAACAGGAAAGUGGUUUCUGUAAAAACUACAACAGUAAUUUCAAUUUAUAAAUUCCUUCUACGACAAUCACAAACAUCUGGACAACAGAAUAAAGGCCAGCCCAAUGCUUAAAACCUAUAAGCAAUAUUUUUCAUUAUUUAAAAAAAAAAAAAAUCACAAAACCUGUAAAUAAAAUCCCUGAGUAGGAAAUAUGUCAGAUAAAUCUCUAAGCAGAGGUGCCCUAACUUGAAGUGCCCACUCUCAGCUAGAAGCAACAUCUGUUGUUAGAGCUGGUCUACACACAAAUCAGAACUGGGUUCACCAAACCUUUAAACUUUAAAGCCAAGCCAAAGGCUGGGAAGGCAUUUCAGUGAGCAAUCCUCUUCAGACUAAAAACCCUGUAUCAGAAUUCCUGCUAUGCUGAUGCUGAGGUACAUGGGGUGAGAACACACGGUACAUACACAGUCAGCAGAGAUGUGGAAGGGAGACUGCAAUUUGGGGAGAGAAGCAGCACCAAGAAAAAGGAAGCAAAGCAGCUGGCUAAAAAGCCAUUCCAGCAAGCACCCAGCUACAUCAAGGUAGCUACUCCUGCUUGAAAUUUCUGCUCCAGUACAGUUCAUGUGUACACAAAGAUAAAAAGCACAGGUAUGAGCAGCUAUACCCUAGGCCAAAACCAGCUGAAUGACUGCAGGCUGUUAGAAUCUCCAAGAAUGAGACAUCUGACAGCAGGUAUUUAGUUCAGUGCUAACACCAGAAGUGCUAACGCUCAGAUUUUAGAGUUUUGAUUUACAUUUCUACUAGCAUAAUUGCCAGUGUGCAGUUCAGGCCAUACCUGAGAAGAAUAAAUCAACACUACUUUCCUUGGACGUUUUGCCAAUAGAUUAUGCCAGAAAAUACCCUGACCUUGCUUCAUCAAUUUCUGUUUUAUGGGAAGUGAGCUCCUGUCCUUAGGUAUUGGCAAAAGUAUAGGAGUCUGUAGAGUAUCUCAAGAGAAAAAGAAAGAGCCUGAAUAACAAUGGAUAAAACAUAUUAAGCAACCAGUUUAGGUUCAGAAUAGGAAUGUUCUCAAGGGUCCAAAUUAGCAAACCAUUGCUUCUCAUAACAAAAGACUUUGGCAUGAGAACCAUACAAUAAAUAGUUCUUAGCAUCUCACUGGGUCAGGCAAUGGUGUAGCAAAACACAGUUUGCUAGUUCUAGUGACACUCUGGAACUUUACUGCAGUAAAAUGGAGGUGCAACAUACUGCUCAUAACAAAACACCCAUUCCAAGAAUUUGUCUGUGUCUCUCUAACAGACAGCUCCACAAAAAUGUCACCUUAGUGCUCAGUAGGUGUCACAAGGUCAAGUGAAUGGAAACAAGAAGAUAUUAGGAAAGAAUAAUCCGGCUUCUUUCAGGUUUCAAGAACCUUGAGAACUGCAUUUGUCAUCCCACACUUCAUUUGGACAGGAGUUAACAUACAAAAAGUCUCAGAGAGCACCACAAGGGCAGUUCAUAGGCACAAAACAAUGCCAGUAUGGGUAACAUUUAAAUAGAUGAGCACUGAAGGGACAGUACAGAACCUCUACUAUGGUGACAGUUGGACAUGUUAGUCCCUACUUCUUCUAAUACAAGAACUAUGAGGUACCAAAUACUACUAGUGAAAAACAGGUUCAAGUCAAAGAAAAGCAGGUGAUUCUUCACACAGGCAAGGAUGGUCUGUGAAAUUACUGAGUAAAGGAUGUGGCAGAUGCUAGCAGUUUACUGUUUCAAAAAACAACUGGGCAAAUCAUGGUAGAGAACUGUACCAACAGGCGUCAAGUGGAAAAAAAAAAAAUGAGAAAAAAAACCCCAAGCAAACAACAAACCAACAACUCACACCAAAUACACUGGCAGUUCUCCAAAUCAUAAAAUUGCUUAGUGAAUUUCUUUCAGAAUAGUUUCCUGUCUAAGAAUUGUUAAAUUCUUCCCCAGAUUUUUCCCCAAUUAAAGACCAUUGCCAAUGUAAGAAAACAACCUACAAAGACCUUGAACAGUACUCCAUCCAUUCUUGUGUAGACAUCUUUCUUUUUAGCUAACAAAACCCUUCUAAACAUAAGCAUCAUUUGCAAUGCAACUGCUUAUAUAUCAAUUUCAUAAUGCUUCACUCACUCUGUCUCUCCCUUGCCUUCCCUUUCUCUCUUUUCAGAUUAAGGAAAAUCCAGAUGGGGUGCAGGUGCUGCAAAAUGAUACAAAGCUAUAUCAUUGAUCCAGAAGAAGUACAAUCAUCUGGAUGCAUUCAUGAAGUAAACAGCUAUAAACACAAGGAACAAGGCAGCAAUAAAUCCAAAUUCAAAGAGAAUAGUGAAAAUGAAGAACCCAAAAAUGAACUCCAGAAGGAUGAUGUAAACAAAACAGAAAAUAAAAAUCCAGUAAACAGUACAACAGACACUCUCUGGAAUCACAGAGGCAAUGAUUCUCAUGAGGAUGGCCUUGUGAAGUGUGCUGCAAAGCUUGAUGUUGCAGUCAAUGGUGGCAACUCCUGUGCUCAGCACUCCAUGCUCAACCCCAACACAAGCCCAGUGAAAGAAACCAGUGAAAAGGGAACCUCCAGCCAGUCAGAGGCCUCUUCAGCCAGCACUAGAGACUUUUACACCAAAUCAAAUAGGUCUGGACAAGAACUUGACCUGGAGACAGGCAGUCAGAGCAAGGCAGCCAGCAAUGUGCCUAACAGUAUUCCAGACCCCCAGACUGCAGAAGACACAGUCUUUCUCAAAGGAAACUCAAUACUGGAGACAGAAAACAAUGCCAUAAGACUGCCAGAGAUUGAUUAUCCCCAAAAUGGCAAUCAAGCUGGGAACUAUGUUGAAAAAGACAGCUUUUCAGUCAACUGUGCACAUUCAGACCAAAACACUGUUGCUUCAGCAAUACAGGACCAGGACCUUCAUGUAACCCCACCUCUGCCUGUGAAAGAGAGCAGUAUUGAACCUUUUAAAACUGACACUGCCAGUUUGAGUGAGAGCCUUACUGGUGGCAUCACUGCAGUGACUGUUACCAAAGUCACACAGGCACCCACACACACCAACCAUAAAGAUGUCAAUGGAGGAAUUGAGGAGGAAGAUGCAGAAGUUGCAGCAGCUCUGGCUGCACUGGACGCUGCAACAGCAGGAGAAGACCUGGAAGAUGAUGAUGAGUACUAGAUGGUUUCUUUUUAAUAUACUGGGUAAGAUACAGAUGGUAUUUCUGGAUCAAUAUGAACAUACAGCACACAGGGAGAGCUGUUAUGAACAGCAUAUAUAAAAGGAGUUGGGACUAAACCUGUCCCUUCAGCUAAUUUAUACAAGUCUUUAUAAAAGGCUGUUUUAUACAGCCUUUUAAUUUCUACUGUCUGAGGUACAGAAGUGCUUCCUUGACUAAUGGUAAUACUCUUCUCUGUGGGCCUAAAUAUGAGGGCAAAGCAUCAUUUCUUCCACACAGAAUACUCAGCUGUACACCCACCUCAUCUUUUUUCAUCCAAGUGUUUCCUUUUUUUCUCAUGAAGGUCUGUGCACACUGCAUUUUCCAGGUUCACAAAACUCCCAUUAUUUAAAAUAUGAGUAUUGAAGUCACGAAGUUAGAAACUACAUAUUUUUAUCAUUCACAGAGAAAAACUACAUAACUGAGCCAAAGUUCUAUGAUCUACUAAAACAUGAAAUAGGGAAGGCAGCUUGGACUGAACUUUACCAUGGCUAUGCUUCCAUUAUUUUAGAAUAAGCCUAAAUCUGUGCAUGUGCACCUGGCAUUAGAAUGAGAACAUAAUUUCUCCACACAGACCUCUCCCUUGACUGUGUUUGAUACCCCAAGUGUUGCUGCUUCAGUUCCUUAAAACAGCAGAAGCCCAACCAAAUCCAAGGGAGUGGGUAACUUUCUGUUGUUUUAAUGUGGCAAAGUAGGUCAUUAAAGAAUUGCCCACCCACUAUCAGAGAGGCCAGAGAGAAAUGAAAACUCGGUCCCUUCCAGUUUGGAUAGAUUAAAAAUGUUGCAAAACUACAGCCUGAAACCUCUGAAGUCCACUGAUGUGACAGCUGCACAUCACCUGUCUUAACAAUACACUUUUCAAGCAGGUUGUGUCUCAAACAUCCCCAGCAAGAUGUGUUUUGUUUAUACAAAAACAGCAAGAGUCAAUGUGGACCCCUCCUUAGCUCUGCUGUAACCCCUAAAUUUACAUCAGGAAAGGACUCGAGCUUCCAAACUGGAUUAAGCAUAAGAUCUGCAAAUAGUUGCAUUCUCAGGGGAGAAAAAAAAAGGAGGUAGAGACCAAUUUGGUGCUGCCAAUUCAGUAAAAGUAUGGUUGAAACAGAAAGUGCUUGACAUUUUAUACUGAAAUUUUGUGAUUCCCAAGUUUUUGUUAUAAACUCCUAAUAAAUUUUUAGCCAUAUAAAAAAUGAUCUGGUGGCUUUUGAACUUUAUGCAUUUUCUGAAUAUAAAAGUUACAUUAAAGAAUUUCAAUAGGAUAUAGCCCUCAUUAGAUACAUGAAAAGUACCAACAAUGUAUUUACCUACAGUAUAUGCUGAUUUUGAUUUCUCAGAACAUAUAAUGAUACUCCUAGGAGCAAUUAAAACAACCUAAAGUCUCAGCUUGUAAAGAACUAUAUUCAGCUACAGGCAAGAGUCACAACA